CGGCUCGGGAACGGCCGGCGUCCGCGUCUACAGCGCCGCCAGCCGGGCCGGAGCAGCGUCGGACCUCAGCGUCCGCACUCGCGCCCCCGCCGGAGAACCAGGUGGAGCCGUGGCGGGGAGCCGCCCCGGGCCGGGGGCUCCAGCUCGCACUAAUGUAACCGUGUCCCCCUGGGAAGCCUUCUCCCACAUCCCUACCCUGACAAUGAGUUUCUCUCCAACAUACCGCACUGGAAAAUGUCUCACCGAGUCGCAUCGACGGUCGUUGUGUAUGCAUCUGAUGGUCCCCCCCUUGACGGCUGUCCACCCAGUCUUCAAGGCUCUUCAUCCCCAGCCGCCAGACAGAAAUGAUGCAACCAGAGAAGGGCGUCCAGAGUCUUGGAUCUAAAUAUAGGCAAAAUUCUUUCACUUAUGAUGUAAAGCGAGACGUGUACAAUGAGGAGACUUUUCAACAAGAACACAAAAGGAAGAGCAUUUCCUCUGGGAACUUGGAUAUUGACAUCACCACCUUCAAACACCACAUCCAGUGCCGCUGCUCAUGGCACAAGUUCCUAAGAUGCAUACUAACAGUCUGUCCCUUCCUGGAGUGGAUGUGUCGGUACCGAUUCAAAGAUUGGCUUCUUGGAGACCUACUUGCCGGUUUAAGUGUUGGCCUUGUGCACGUUCCCCAAGCCCUAACAUUUAAUUUGCUGGCAAGGCAACUGAUUCCUCAUCUCAAUGUCUGUUAUGCAGCUUUCUGUUCUUCAGUAAUUUAUGCCAUUUUUGGAUCGUGUCAUCAAAUGUCCAUUGGUUCCUUCUUCCUUUUGAGUGCUCUGAUGAUCAAUGUCCUGAGCUUGUACCCGUUCAACAGUGGCCACCUGAUCCUGGGGACUUUCAUCAAGGAGGACUUUUCUCAGCCCUCCUUCCUUGUGGACUAUAACAGAUCCUUGAGUGUGGUGGCAUCCACAACAUUUCUGACUGGGAUUAUUCAGCUAUCCAUGGGCUUGUUAGGAUUCGGCUUCGUUGCCACUUACCUUCCGGAAGCUGCGAUCAGCGCUUACCUGGCUGCCACGGCGCUACACGUUAUUCUGUCCCAGCUGACUUUCAUCUUGGGGAUUAUAAUUAAUUUCCACGCCGGUCCCAUGUCCUUCUUCUAUAACGUAGUUAACUACUGUGUAACUCUCCCAAAAGCUAAUUCUACCAGCAUCCUACUAUUUCUAACUGUUGUUGUAGCACUGAGAAUCAACAGAUGUAUCAGAAUGUCCUACAAUCGGUACCCCAUCCAGUUUCCCAUGGAAGUUUUCCUGAUUCUUGGCUUCACUGCAUUUGCAAACAAGAUAAGCAUGGCCACAGAAACCAGCGGGAUGCUCAUUGAAAUGAUUCCUUAUAGCUUCCUGUUUCCUGUGACUCCAGAUCUGAACAUUCUUCCUGAACUAAUCUUAGAAGCCUUCUCCUUAGCUUUAGUGAGCUCCUCUCUGCUGAUAUUUGUGGGCAAGAAGAUUGCCAGUCACCAUAACUACCAUGUUAAUUCCAACCAGGAUUUAAUAGCCAUCGGUCUUUGCAAUGUCGUCAGCUCAUUUUUCAGAGCUUGCGUGUUUACUAGUGCGAUUAUCAGGACUAUUAUCCAAGAUAAGUCUGGAGGAAGGCAACAGUUCGCAUCUCUGGUAGGCGCAGGUGUGAUGCUACUCCUGACGGUCAAAGGGGAACGCUUUUUCUCCAAACUGCCAAAUGCUGUGCUGGCUGGUAUUAUGCUGAACAACAUCCUCCCCUACCUUGAAACCAUUUACAACCUACCCAGUCUGUGGAGGCAGAACCAGUAUGACUCUAUUAUCUGGAUGGUGACAUUCGUAGCUGCAAUUUUCCUGGGACUGGAUAUGGGACUACUUGUUUCAAUAGCCUUUGCCUUCUUCGUCAUCACUGUUCGGUCACACAGAACCAAGAUUUUCCUCCUGGGUCAGAUCCCUAACACCAACAUUUAUAGAAGCCUCAAUGACUAUCGGGAGGUUACAAACACCCCUGGGGUGAAAAUCUUCCAGUGCUGCAACUCCAUUACAUUUGUCAAUGUUAAUCAGCUAAAGAGCAAGCUAUUAAAAGAGGUUGAAAUGGUGAGGGUGCCGCUUAAAGAAGAAGAAGUGUUCCGCCUGUUUAAUCAAAGUGAAGACAGCUCAGAGGAAGAACAGAUUUGUCAGUGCUUCUGCAAUUGUGAUGAACCGGAGCCGCCACCUAGGGUUAUCUACACAGAACGAUUUGAAAGCAGACAGGACAACGACUCAUCCUCCCUUAACCUGAUCCGCUGCUCACGUUUCGACACUUCAGAUACGAGCCAAACCACGUCCGAUGAGCAAGUCCUGUACACCGGACCUUCCACGUUGCACAGAAAUCAAGGGCAAACCUACGAGGACGUGGACAAUGUUUGGCUUUCUAAUAACCCCUCUAGAAAAAGAUCAAUGCCACCGCCUGACACUCCUAAAAUCCAGGAGAGGAGCAGGUCAUUCCUCCCUUUCUCGGAUACCUCUCUUCCACCCAGCCUCCACACUAUUAUCCUGGACUUCUCCAUGGUACAUUUCGUGGAUUCGCAGGCUUCAGUGUCCUUAAGACAAAUGUGCAAUGCUUUCCAAAAUGCCAACAUUUUGGUGCUCAUUUCGGGGUGUCACACUUCUGUGGUCAGGGCAUUUGAGAAGAAUGAUUUCUUUGACGCUGGCAUCAGCAAGGCCCAGCUCUUCCUCACCCUCCACGAUGCUGUGCUGUUUGCCUUGUCAAGGAAGUUUCCAGAGUCCUCCGAGUUAAGCAUGGAUGGAUCUGAUACAGUGAUACAAGAAACCUACUCAGAAGUAGACAAGAAUGGAGAGCCAAGACAUAAAAUGAGCAGCAGUCUUCCAGAAGCCUCUAAAAAUGUAAAGCCAGACUACAUCAUAAUGCAGGAACCAAUAACAGAGGAGGAAUCAGAACUAGACCUGGAGAUGGAGCCUGCAGUGGAAUCAGAACAAGAGCCUGGGCGAGGUCUAGAGAUGGACCUGUAUGAUGAGAUGGAGCCUGAGUCUGAGCUAGAGCCUGAAACAGAGCUCGAGACUGAGUUGGAGCCUGAGACUGAGCCUGAGUUCAAACCCAAGCCUAGGUCUCAAUCUUAUCCUCAGCAGCAGUAUUGGCCUCUGUAUUCCUCUCUUUUUCCCAGAUCUUCAGUUCAGGCUCAGUCUAAGACACAGUCAGCUGAGAGGAAGUAUCAACAUAAGAAUUCAUAUUCACCCAAGGGCAAUAAUGCUAAAGACCCUUAGGAAAUAAAGUAGGAAUAAGGAGUCAGAUUCCCUUGGCAAAUCCUCCCCACCCAAAUGGUCACUUGGUCAGAAGACCUAGACUAGUUACAAACUAGCAAUACUUGAUUUGGGAUUCCUCCAUAUGCUGGCCUCUUCCUUGCUCAGCACUGGGAUCUCCCUCCCAGAUCACAACUAAACGCCAAGAGUUAUCUCUGAAUUCCCUAUCUAGCCUUACCUCAUCUCACCUUCAGUAGAUAUUCUAGAAAAGGAUUUCCUUCCUUGCACCCCCCCAUACUCUGGGGGUUUUGUCCAACCAUCUCUAACUUACUCCUCUCAUUUCUGUUCCCCUUUCUCCAAAGAGAUGAGGCUCAAAUAAAAUAUAUGAUUCUAGUUACAUUUGGAUCUUUCCUGCAUCUUUUCUCUUCUCUAUAUUCUAUAUGCCUAAGGAAGUGUUGGGUGGGAGAAAUUCCAGAAGUGGGUGGACAUGGUGAAGAGGAGAUGAACAAGAAAAAGAAAAACUGGGUAGCAUUUGUAUUUUAUAUGCAAGCUAUCUUCAUUGCAGUGAUGGUAGAAAUGGGGUUAAGUUAAGCCAGCCUUCAAGGCUUAUUGUUAGGCUAAAAACACUUCUGUCAUCAUCACUCUAAGGGCAAAACCUUAUCAUAAUCCUACUGCUGUUUCAGAAGAUGAGUCAGCUGUACCAACUGAUGAGAAUGUUAGCUCUAUAGAAUUCUAUUUGAUCUCUCUCUCUAUAUUUGAAUAUACAGAUCCGUAUUCACCACUUCUUCUUUCUUACAAGUUUUUAAGAUACAAGCAAUCUAGAAUCUGUAUUCUUGGUGGACCAAACUUAAAGCCUAUGAGAGACACAAACCUCUUAGGAACUGGAAAAGUCAAUCAUUACUAGUUUGGUCUAAAUCCAUUAAAAAAAAUUUCCCCCUCCCCCGUUAAAAAUAUCUAGUAUUAAGCUAUAAGCAGAAGAGAAAUAUAGACCCCUGGGCUACAAACCAAUGUUUAUGGAAUCCUGAAUUUUAUUUUCCAUUCAAUAAACAAGAUUCUUCUUGCUUGGA